GUAUUUGAAGUUACGUCACACUGCUUCUACAUUACAACAGAGCGACGCGACGAAACAGCGUAGAUCGCUUGGUUAAUUGUAAUGGCAGCGUUCUAGUUUUGACGCGUCGCGUCUCUCGCAGUUUACAGCACAGCAACAAGCUCGAGCUGCACAACCGGUUAGACGCCUCCAAACCCGGAAGACGCGCGUAAGGGAUGGGGAAGAUCUCUCAUUUCACUUGAUCAAACUUUACCAAAAUUCACAAAACUUCGACUCCUGUCAGUCACUUCUGGUCAUACAACAGCUUUGAUAAGGAUGGCAGCGUCCGCGAUCUUCAUCCUGGACCUUAAAGGCAAGGUGCUCAUAUGUCGAAACUACAUGGGCAAUGUGGACACGAAUGUGAUUGACAACUUUAUGUCCAUAAUGAUGAAGAGAGAGGAAGAUGCAGAUUUGUCACCAGUGGUUAUUCAUGGCUCUACCCACUUCCUCUGGAUCAAGCACAGCAACCUCUACUUGGUUGCAAUAACAAAGAAGAAUAUCAAUGCUGCUCUUGUAUACUCCUUCCUGUACAAAUUAGUGGAGGUGUUCACUGAAUAUUUCAAGUCACUGGAAGAAGAGAGUAUUCGAGACAAUUUUGUGACCGUAUAUGAGCUAAUGGAUGAAGUCAUGGACUAUGGAUUCCCUCAGACCACUGAUAGCAAGAUCUUACUAGAGUACAUCACCCAACAGGGGCAUAAGCUGGAGGUGGGUGCACCGCGGCCCCCAGCUACAGUAACCAAUGCUGUGUCUUGGAGGUCAGAGGGCAUCAAAUACAGGAAAAAUGAAGUCUUCAUGGAUGUCAUUGAGUCUGUCAACCUAUUGGUCAGUGCUACAGGCAGUGUUCUGCGUAGCGAGAUUCUAGGCUGCAUCAAACUCAAAGUCGUUCUGUCAGGCAUGCCUGAGUUAAGGCUCGGACUCAAUGACAAAGUUCUCUUCGAGAUCACAGGCCGAGAGAAGACCAAGUCUGUGGAGCUGGAAGAUGUUAAAUUUCAUCAGUGUGUGCGUCUCUCUCGCUUUGAGAACGACAGGACUAUCUCUUUCAUCCCACCUGAUGGAGAAUCUGAACUAAUGUCUUACAGACUCAACACCACGGUGAAGCCUCUAAUAUGGAUUGAGAGCGUAAUAGAGAAGUUCUCUCACAGUCGAGUAGAGAUCAAGGUUAAGGCCCGCAGUCAGUUCAAGAGCCGCUCCACUGCCAACAAUGUGUCCAUCUUAGUUCCUGUUCCCAGUGACGCUGACUCCCCCAAAUUUAAGACCACCACGGGCCAGGCUAAAUGGGUUCCUGAGAAGAGUGCUGUAGAAUGGAACAUCAAGUCCUUCCCUGGCGGGAAAGAGUUCAUGAUGCGAGCUCAUUUUGGACUGCCAAGUGUGGAAAGUCAUGAACUCGAGGGCAAGCCACCAAUCACAGUGAAGUUUGAGAUUCCUUACUUCACAGUGUCAGGCAUUCAGGUGCGAUACUUGAAGAUUAUUGAGAAGAGCGGAUAUCAUGCAUUACCGUGGGUGCGUUAUAUUACUCAGAGUGGAGAUUAUCAACUGAGGACCAACUGAGAGAGGACAGCGCCUGUGUAUGUUGUGUGUUCUGUCUGUCCUUUUUCAUCUGUGAGACAGCUACUGCUUUUCACACAGCAGUUGGAUUUCUAUUGCUUUUAUCUGAGAUCAGGUUUUACAAAUUAAACAAGGAAGUCAGACCACAAAGUUACUGAGAAACUCCUAUGAAACAAUUGAUUUUGGAUUUUAAUCCAAAGGUUGUGUUACAGAAACAUCCUAGAAUCUAACCUAUAUAUUUUCUAUUUAAAAAGAUCUUUUCAUCCUCAUGUUGUUCCAAGCCUGUAUGCAUUUAUUUCUUUUAUUUAAACACAAAAAAAAUCCAUUCAUACCAUGAAAGUCGGUAUGAUUUAAUGUUGUUAUUGUUUUGGACCCCAUUAACUUUCAUUGUAUAUGGACAAACGUGGUUGAAACAAUUAAAAUAACAUAUAUUUUAUAUUCCACAAAAGAAAAAAAAACAAACAAAAUAAAAGACAAGUUCAGGGUUAUUAGCAUUAACUAAAUUUAGAAAUAUAAUCAUAAAAAAUGCAUUACUUGAAAUAAAGUAAAACAUUAACUGAUAUAUAAUAAAACAAUAAAAUAAAAUAAAAACAUAUUUUAUUUUAGGAAGUUUAAGUUGAAGUACUAAAAUAACUAAAACUAAAUAAACUGAAACUUAAUAAAACUAUAUAAAAUGAAUAAAAAUGACCAAAACACACAACAAAAUUAGUAAAACUACCUAAAAUUCAAAUAAAAACAAACAAAUCAAAAUAUUAAAACUAUAAUAGUAUAUCAAUGACUACAUUUAUAUCCACCUUCAUAUGAGAUUUAAACAAUAUUGUGAUUAAUCUUCACUUGAUGUAAACACAAUACUUUGAUCAAAUUGAUUAAGCUCAUAAUUGUAGCAACAAUAAUUGGGUCCCACUUUAUAUUAGGUGGCCUUAACUACUAUGUACUUACAUUUAAAUUAAUCGUGAUUCAGUGCACUUAUUGUGUACAUGCAUGUUUUUACAUUGUACUUAAUUUUUUUUUUUUAAAUACCUGCAUGUAAUUACAUCUAAUGCAUAAUUACAUUUAUAUUUAAACUGUUGACCCAUCCCUUAUACCUUAACCUACUCUUAAACCUAUCCAUACCACCAAACCUGUCCCUAACCUUACCUAUAUCCCACCUCAAUAGCAGCAAAAGUGUUUUGCAAUACAAUAAGUACAUUAUACUUAUUUUUUGAUGCAAGUACAUAGUAGUUAAGGCCACCUAAUAAAAAAGUGGGACCUUGGAAAUAAUCACAUUUUUGGUGCACAUGUAAAUGUAGUCAGUGAUACUAAAAUAACACUGUGCAGAUUUGGAACGACAUAAUUCGAAUAAAAAUGAAAAAAAGAAAAACACUUAUCUCUUUAACUUGUCAGAUGUUCACUUAAGCUGCUUAUUUUCAUUUCUGCUGUAGGUGGCGGGACUAUCUCUCAGUGUAAUAUUAUGAUCUUAUGUCUGUAGAGCUGUAAACAUAACCAUAGGCCCAAUGAAAUGAAUACCUUGUGCUCAAAAUCAAUGAUUAAUAAGGCAGCGUACUGUUAGGACACCACUGUAACACUAUAUUUUCACCAGAGUGGCCCGUAUCUUUGUCUUUGGUUUGGUUUGUUUGUGCUCACUCAAAAUACCCUGAAUGCCUACGCACUUUGAAAGGUAGAAUGAAAAGUGCAAAAUGCUUAAUGACAUUACCAUGAACCAUUCAGCAAAUAACUCAGCUGCAUGUUGUUGCUGUAUUAAUUAUGAUUGCCUUGGUUUCUUUAAUCCACUGUGGUCAACACGUCUUAUCACACACCAUUUUUUGUAUGUCAUUGUAAGUGUUCACACUGGGAAAAUCCUUUCAGAUUUUCUUUCAUUCAGCAUGCAUUGCACCACUUGUUUUAUCUGUGCGACAGUUGUGUGUGUGUGUGUGUGUGUGUGUGUGUGUGUGGAAUACUGUCUGCCACCUCUGCAGAGGCAGCAGAAUAUAUUAUUUGUCAUGUCAAAACGGCUUCCUCCCUCAUUUAUUUACCAAAGGUCAAUGGCGUGACAACAUCUGAUAUUUAUUUCACACUGAAUAUGAAUAUGUAUUUUUGAUCUUUUUUUUAUUGACAACUGUUUUGCUCAAUACUAUACUAAAGGUCAUUGUGAGAAAAUAAAUGGAUUUUUGUUUUG